UUGUACCUCAUUCACAUAUGAGGUACAUGAGUAGUUACCGCUAGGUUCUUACUGCAAUUGUUUGUUUCCGAGUAGGUAGCCAUGAAGAUCGCUUGCAGUUAUGUUGCUGGUGUUCUAGUACUUGCUACUAGAACCACUGCUGCAACUGACUAUACAGGAUAUGUAAACCCUCUCGUGGGUACGGAGGGUACCGUCCCUGGCACGGCUUUUAACGCUGGCAAUAUCUUCCCGGGAGCUACUCUUCCCUUCGGCGCAGUUAAAGUCGGCGUUGAUACUACUUGCUUUAACACAUCGUUCUCUGCCAAUGGCGGCUACACACCUGAUGGGAACGUAACCGCAAUUACCAUGCUCCACGAGAGUGGCACAGGCGGGCCACCCACCUACGGACUUAUACCGCAAAUGCCCCUCACAACACUUGAAGGCGUCAAUGUCUUAGACAACUUGACGUAUAUGCAGCCAAGAGUCGCCGAAGAUGUAGCGAAUGUCGGAUACUAUAAGACUCAAUUGCAAAACGGGGUCACGGCUGAAAUGAGCUCUAGUAUGCACGCUGGGAUUGUGAAAUAUACAUAUCCUAAGGAUGCAGAUGGUCGAUAUAUCCUUGUCGAUCUCAGCCAUUCCCUUCCGAGUGGUGGAUCGAAGGAGCAACAGUAUAGUAAUGGAAAGAUUGAGCGCAGUGACAAUGGCAGCUGGUAUUCUGGAUACGGAGUCUAUCGAGAGGGGUGGGGUUGGGGUGGUGAUUACCGAGUGUACUUCUGCGCUCAAUUCGACUCGGAACCUUCAAACUCUCAAUUCUUCUCAGGGAAGGCAACUGAUCCAUAUUGGCCGAACACGACCGACGUCAAAGCGUCAUUUAUCGACCAGACGUUUAUUGAGGGCGGAAUUGUGGGAUACCAAUAUGCAGACCGAAUUGGCGCCUUGUUCGAGUUUCCCUCCAAUGUCUCAACACUGCAAUCGAAAAUCGGAAUCUCUUGGAUUUCGGCUGAUAAGGCGUGUCAAUUCCUUGACGAAAUCCCAAAUUGGGACCUAGAAGAAGUUAGGGGUGCCGCUGAAGAUAAAUGGAACUCGGACGUGUUUUCCAAGAUUGAAAUCUCGACAACGAAUGAAACUCAGCUAGAUAUGUUUUACACCGCAAUGUACCAUGCACACCUACUUCCCUCAAAUCGAACCGGAGAGAACCCUUACUGGGACUCCGGCGAGCCGUAUUAUGACGACUUUUACACAAUCUGGGAUACCUUCAGAUGUCUCAACCCCCUCCUUACUCUUAUCCAACCAAAGGCGCAAACAGAAAUCGUUAGAUCAUUAAUAGAUAUUUGGCGAUUCGAGAGAUUCAUGCCAGAUGGACGAAGCCACAAUUUCAACGGCAGAGUACAAGGUGGUUCCAACUCCGAUAAUGUCCUUGCCGACGCGUAUGUGAAGGGCCUUAAAGACGGUAUCAAUUGGACAGAUGGCUAUGCAGCUAUGAAAACCAACGCCGAAGUACAACCUUAUAAUAACUUUGACUUCGAGGAUCCGACUGGAAGUACUAAGGAAGGCCGCGGUGCACUUAAUGAUUGGAAACAAUAUGGUUAUGUGACACCGUCGCAGGGCAGAUGUCUUAGCAAGACUGUGGAAUACUCAUUGAACGACUUUUCGCUGUCGCAAGUCGCUAGGGGAGAGGCGCCGGAAGAUGCGGUAAAAUAUCUCAAUCGUUCAGCUGGUUGGCAGAGAACAUGGGCGGCCGACGUAUCAUCCCUGAACUUCACCGGAUUCCUUGCACCUACCUAUCCGAACGGAAGCUAUCAAGACUACGAUCCGUUAUCUUGCGGUGCUUGUGAAUGGAGUAGUAUAAGCUACGAAGGUGUCCCUUGGGAGUACUCCUGGACCAUUCCCUUUGACAUGGAAACUCUCAUAUCUCUCAUGGGAGGCAUUGAAAAGGCCGAAUCUAGACUAGACACAAUGUUUAUCCCUGGUCUUUCAAGAUCCAACCAAGGUGGGAACAGCAUCGGUUCAACGAUUUUCAAUCCUGGUAACGAACCAAGUUUCAUGACACCUUUCUUAUACCACUACUUCCCACAGCGACAGCAUAAAUCAGUCCAGCGCUCACGCGAAGUCGUUGAUCAGUACUACAACACGGGCCGCUCGGGUAUUCCAGGGAAUGAUGACGCGGGCGCGAUGAGCAGCUGGUUGAUCUGGAACAUGAUCGGUUUGUACCCCGUCGUUACACAACCGGUAUACUUAGUUCUGGCCCCGCGAAUUGAGAACACUACUUUGAGACUUGGGGAUAGCGGUGCGGUUUUGAAUAUCAGAGCGACGGGAUUGGAUAAGGGACCGUAUGUUCAGAGUCUUAAGGUAAAUGGCCAGGAUUGGAAUAAGAAUUGGAUAAGUCAUGAAGAUAUUGUUAGGUCAGGUGGACAAGAUAGCUUGUUGGAAUUUGAAUUGGGCGCUGAUAGGACGGCGUGGGAUACUGGUGAUGUGCCGCCUAGCCCUGGCCAUGUAGUACUGUAGUGCUUCACUCUAGAUAUAAGAGCGAACCUCACUGGAUUGGUUACUACCCAAUUCACAUAAUGCAAGUAUCCAUUUAGCAUGGGUGAAAUUCGCUUUGCGAUUCUUAAUAUCAAGCUUUUUAUAUCAAAUCCCAUUCAAUUGAUCCAUCUAAU